AGCACACUCCCCUGUCAUACGUCACUACUGCGCUCCCCUUACCCGGACAGACAUGGCGGCGUACAUGAUCACUUCAACCCUGCAAAGAGUUUUGCUUGUUGCUAAGCAUGCCUCUUUCCAGUCCAGAUGCUGUGUGGCGUCCAGUCGAGUACAGUACUCCACCGUUUAUGAUUCCAAUGAGAAGACCUUUGAUAAGAUCCUUAUUGCAAACAGAGGAGAGAUCGCCUGCAGGGUGAUGAAAACAUGUAAGAAGAUGGGUAUCAAAACAGUGGCGGUGCACAGUGAUGUCGACGCCAGCGCGGUCCAUGUGAAGAUGGCUGACGAGUCAGUGUGUGUAGGCCCCGCCCCCACCAACAAGAGCUACCUCAACAUGGACGCCAUCAUGGACGCUAUCAGGAAGACUGGAUCCCAGGCCGUGCAUCCAGGCUACGGCUUUCUGUCUGAAAAUAAAGAGUUUGCCAAGAGACUGGCUGCAGAAGACGUGGUGUUCAUAGGACCGGACACACACGCCAUCCAUGCCAUGGGCGACAAGAUCGAGAGCAAGCUCCUUGCCAAGGCAGCCAAUGUCAACGUCAUCCCCGGGUUCGACGGGGUCGUCGAGACCGUGGAGGACGCUGUGAAGAUUGCAGGAGAGAUCGGCUACCCGGUGAUGAUCAAGGCCUCAGCAGGAGGAGGGGGGAAAGGCAUGAGGAUUGCCUGGAACGAUGAUGAGACCAGGGAAGGUUUUCGUUUGUCCUCACAGGAGGCUGCAUCUAGUUUCGGAGACGACCGUCUGCUCAUAGAGAAGUUUGUGAACAACCCCAGACACAUUGAGAUCCAGGUCCUGGCUGAUAAGCAUGGUAAUGCUCUGUGGCUGAACGAGAGGGAGUGUUCUAUCCAGAGGAGGAACCAGAAGGUGGUGGAGGAGGCUCCAAGUACGUUCCUGGACCCAGAGACACGUCGUGCGAUGGGGGAGCAAGCGGUACAGCUGGCUAAAGCAGUCCAGUACUCCUCUGCCGGGACCGUAGAGUUCUUGGUGGACUCCAACAAGAACUUCUACUUCCUGGAGAUGAACACUCGCCUUCAGGUGGAGCACCCAAUCACAGAGUGUAUCACUGGUCUGGACCUGGUGCAGCAGAUGAUCCGGGUGGCCAAGGGUUUCCCUCUGCUACACAAACAGGAAGACAUCCCCAUCAACGGCUGGGCUAUAGAGAGCAGAGUCUACGCUGAGGACCCCUACAAGUCGUUUGGUCUGCCCUCCAUUGGACGCCUGUCACAGUACCAGGAACCCACCAACCUCCCAAAAGUGCGUGUGGACAGUGGCAUCCAAGAAGGAAGUGACAUCAGUAUCUAUUAUGACCCAAUGAUCUCCAAGCUGGUGACCUAUGGCGCCACACGCGCUGAAGCCCUGCAGAGGAUGGAGGACGCUCUGGAUAACUACGUCAUCAGAGGUGUGACCCACAACAUCCCCCUGCUCAGAGAGAUCAUCACCCACCCUCGCUUCAUCUCUGGUGACAUUACCACUAACUUCCUGCCAGAGGAAUACCCAGAGGGGUUCAAAGGUCACCAGCUGACCUCCGAGGGUCGCAGGGAGCUCGUCGCCACCGCAGCCGCUCUCUACGUCUCGGCACAGCUCCGCUCCCAGAGGUUCCUGGGUAAUCUCAGGGUGUCCACCACCCCCCAGGAGCGGCGGCAGUGGGAGCUGUGUGUGGAGUUGGAGAAGGGAAGUCACGCGGUCGCUGUGUCACGCUCUGGAUCCACGUUCACUGUGGAGGUGGAUGGAGUUAAGGUGGAGGUUUGUGGAGAGUGGAACCUGGCCUCAGCUCUGCUGCCUGUCACCAUCAACAGAACCCCCAGGGUUCUACAGUGUCUGUCUAGAGACGCAGGAGGAGACAUCACUCUACAGUACCUGGGCACACAGUUUAAGGUGCGUGUUCUCAGUCAGCUGGUAUCCACGCUGAGCGCUCACAUGCCUGAGAAGGUUCCAGAAGACACCAGCAGCAUCCUGCGCUCUCCCAUGCCUGGCUCCGUGGUCGCCGUGUCUGUCAAACCUGGAGACGUGGUGGCUGAAGGCCAGGAGAUCUGUGUGAUCGAGGCCAUGAAGAUGCAGAACAGUUUGAUUGCUGUUAAAGCUGCCAAGGUGAAGAGUGUCCACUGUAAAGCAGGAGAGACGGUUGGAGAGGGAGACCUUCUGGUCCAACUGGAGUAGGAUCUAACCUACGACCUCUAACCUCUGCCCUCCCACCUCUGACCUCGCUCGCCAGGGAUUGGCUUCGAAGUCCGGUUGAAGGAAUUCUGGGACAAAGGAAUGAACAGGAUACUUGUAGACUAGAUGGAGCGUUCCCCAGUCUGUCCUUGUUGUUUUGUUCUGGUGUUUUGGUCUUCCUGUGGUACUAGUAGGCUACACUCUCCAGUAUUGGCUUCUGGGAUUCGCUCGUUCUAGGAAUUUUCCACACAAAAACUGAAAAACAAGAUGGACGCUGUCGACCUGUUUUAGUGCCUUCAGCCUCUGAAAGGAGGAUUGUCCUGUUAAAUAUGAUGAAUACUGUAUAUACCACUUAGCUACAUGUCACUAAUCAUGUGUAAUGUACUUCCUUGCUAGCCUGGUCUCAGAUCUGUUUGUGCCAUCUUGACCGGACAUCUGGGACCAGGCUAGCGCCUCACAUUUCAAUGUAAUGAAACACUUGUGUAUCAGAGUUUAGGAACCUGGUUAUAGUAAAACGCUACUCCCUUGGGUGGAGUUGCGUUUUCCUUUUUAAAGGACGUCUCUCAACCCCUUGACAUUGUAAAGAAAUAAUGCAUUCAGGUGAGACGUUGUGGAUGGGGGGGACUUGCUCAUGAAUAUUCAUUUUGGGGGUGGGUAAAUGUAGUUGUACCUGAUACCCAACACUCUCUCACUGAUUGUACUUACCAGAAGUCCACUGGCACGCUCUGAUAAUAACAUGAUGUGCAUCGCGAGCAAAUACGGCUCUGGAAAGUUAGCUCACAGUUAUGUGCUGACUUCCUGACAUCUAUUUCCACCUGCAGUGUAAGUUCGAAUCCCUUAUGGGGGGGGGGGAGUGUAUUUUAAAUGUGGACUCAUAUUUACUGCGGUAUUGUGUUGGGAGGAAAGUGAAAUCAUCACCUUGUAAAUGAAGGGGCUCAACUCAAUCCAACCCGCAUUGCAGUAUUUACACAGUAUCUCUUUUUUCCAAUGGUCAAAUGAACUCACAGACUGGUCUUGGGUUCUGUAUGAAAACCUACAACUGUUACCAGGGCGACCCCUCUCACAGGUAUGCUUUCACUUUUCACAAUUACAAGUCUGUGUGUGUGGUCACGGGAUGAUUACAGGAAAUAAAGGAUUUGAAGAAAAAAUGUAUCUUCCCCAGUUGGGAUUAGAACUCACAACCAUUGAACUAUGAGCCAACUGUAGCAGACUGCAUCACCAAUCAGUCAAGUUAACAUGACCACUGUCAUCUAUUUCUUGUUACCAUGGAUGUAGCUACGAAUACAGUUGGAAAUGGGAAGUUUACAUACACCUUAGCCAAAUACAUUAUAACUCAGUUUUUCACAAUUCUUGACAUUGAAUCCUAGUAAAAAUUCCCUGUCUUAGGUCAGUUAGGAUCACCACUUUAUUUUAAGAAUGUGGAAUGUCAGAAUAAUAGUAGAGAGAAUGAUUUAUUUCAGCUUUUAUUUCUUUCACCACAUUCCCAGUGGGACAGAAGUUUACAUUACACUCAAUUAGUAUUUGGUAGCAUUGCCUUUAAAUUGUUUAACUUGGGUCAAACACUUCAGGUAGCCUUCCACAAGCUUCUCACAAUAAGUUGGGUGAAUUUUGCCCCAUUCCUCCUGACAGAGCUGGUGUAACUGAGUCAGGUUUGUAGGCCUCCUUGCUCGCACACUUUCUGUUCUGCCCACAAAUUUUUUAUAGGAUUGAGGUCAGGUCUUUGUGAUGGCAACUCCAAUACCUUGACUUUGUUGUCCUUAAGCCAUUUUGCCACAACUUUGGAAGUAUGCUUGGGAUCAUUGUCCAUUUGGAAGACCCAUUUGCGACAACGCUUUAACUUCCUGACUGAUGUCUUGAGAUGUUGCUUCAAUAUAUCCACAUAAUUUUCCAUCCUUAUGAUGCCAUAUAUUUUGUGAAGUGCACCAGUCCCUCCUGCAGCAAAGCACCCCCACAACAUGAUGCUGCCACCCCCGUGCUUCACGGUUGGGAUGGUGUUUUUCGGCUUGCAAGCCUCCCCCUUCUUCCUUCAAACAUAACAAUGGUCAUUAUGGCCAAACAGUUCUAUUUUUGUUUCAUCAGACCAGAGGACAUUUCUCCAAAAAGUACGAUCUUUGUCCCCAUGUGCAGUUGCAAACCUUAGUCUGUCAUUUUUAUGGCGGUUUUGGAGCAGUGGCUUCUUCCUUGCUGAGUGGCCUUUCAGGUUAUGUUGAUAUAGGACUCGUUUUACUGUGGAUAUAGAUAUUUUUGUACCUGUUUCCUCCAGCAUCUUCACAAGGUCCUUUGCUGUUGUUCUGGGAUUGAUUUGCACUUUUUGCACCAAAGUACGUUCAUCUCUAGGAGACAGAACGUGUCUCCUUCCUGAGCGGUAUGACAGCUGCGUGGUCCCAUGGUGUUUAUACUCGUAUACUAUUGUUUGUACAGAUGAACGUGGUACCUUCUGGCAUUUGGAAAUUGCUCCCAAGGAUGAACCAGACUUGUAGAGGUCUACAAUUGUUUCCUGAGGUCUUGGUUGAUUUCUUUUGAUUUUCCCAUGAUGUCAAGCAGAGAGGCACUGAGUUUGAAGGUAGGCCUUGAAAUAUAUCCACAGGUACACCUCCAACUGACUCAAAUGAUGUCAAUUAGCAUAUCAGAAGCUUCUAAAGCCAUGACAUAAUUUUCUGGAAUUUUCCAAGCUGUUUAAAGGCACAGUCAACUUAGUGGAUGUAAACUUCUGACCCACUGGAAUUGUGAUACAGUGAAAUAAUCUGUCUGUAAACAAUUGUUGGAAAAAUGACUUGUCAUGCACAAAGUAGAUGUCGUAACUGACUUGCCAAAACUAUAGUUUAUUGACAAGAAAUGUGUGGAGUGGUUGAAAAACUAGUUUAAAUGAAUCCAACCUAAUUGUAUGUAAACUUCCGACUUCAACUGUAUAUACGUAUAAUUCUUAUUUUUUCAUGGUAAACCAGAUUGAUGUGUGAAACGGUACGCUAAAACGUUGAAUUUGGUCUUAUGCGGGUAUGUGCCUCUACUGCCUUAUGUAUGUUGUGUAACGUCAGUAUUCAAGGAAGCAUCAUGCUAAAUAUAUUGGCACCCUCCACAACCUGCAUCUAGACGGGAGUGGAUUUCAUACUGAACCCCUCCCUUUGAUGACGUAGGGGCGCCUCUACAUCACCAUUUCAAUGGUAGAGAUGAACCACUAGGGACAAGGAGCUAGAUUUAAUACUAAAAGACCUGAAUAUAUCACUUUUGCAACAAACUGUCAAAAUAAAGUCCAGGAUUGACGUGUUUCACUAUAACUAAGCCUCAAACAUCCUGUUUUUGUCUUGAAAGUUACUCUUUAAAUACUGUAGGGACUGGUAGAGGGGUGGACGUACUGUAGGGACUGGUAGAGGGGUUGGACAUACUGUAGGGGCUGGUAGAGGGGUUGGACGUACUGUAGGGACUGGUAGAGGGGUGGACGUACUGUAGGGACUGGUAGAGGGGUUGGACGUACUGUAGGGACUGGUAGAGGGGUUGGACGUACUGUAGGGACUGGUAGAGGGGUUGGACGUACUGUAGGGACUGGUAGAGGGGUUGUUCGUACUGUAGGGACUGGUAGAGGGGUUGGACGUACUGUAGGGCCUCUUAGAGGGGUUGGACUACUGUAGGGACUGGUAGAGGGGUUGGACGUACUGUAGGGACUGUGAGAGGGGUUGGACGUACUGUAGGGACUGGUAGAGGGGUUGGACGUACUGUAGGGACUGGUAGAGGGGUUGGACGUACUGUAGGGACUGGUAGAGGGGUUGUUCGUACUGUAGGGACUGGUAGAGGGGUUGGACGUACUGUAGGGACUGGUAGAGGGGUUGGACGUACUGUAGGGACUGGUAGAGGGGUUGGACGUACUGUAGGGACUGGUAGAGGGGUUGUUCGUACUGUAGGGACUGGUAGAGGGGUUGUUCGUACUGUAGGGACUGGUAGAGGGGUUGGACGUACUGUAGGGCCUCUUAGAGGGGUUGGACUACUGUAGGGACUGGUAGAGGGGUUGGACGUACUGUAGGGACUGGUAGAGGGUUGGACGUACUGUAGGGACUGGUAGAGGGGUUGGACGUACUGUAGGGACUGGUAGAGGGGUUGGACGUACUGUAGGGACUGGUAGAGGGGUUGGACGUACUGUAGGGACUGGUAGAGGGGUUGGACGUAUCGAUCUCUCUCCCCACACACUCACUCUCCCUCAUACACCCCAGUGGACCUUAUAGAUCGGUUUUGGUUCUAUAUUUUUAUUUUUAUUUUUUUUUACCUUUGUUUAACUAGGCAAGUCAGUUAAGAACAAAUUCUUAUUUUCAAUGACGGCCUAGGAGCAGUGGGUUAACUGCCUGUUCAGGGUCAGAACGACAGAUUUGUACCUUGUCAGCUCGGGGAUUUGAACUUGCAACCUUCCGGUUACUAGUCCAACACUCUAACCACUAGGCUACGCUGCCGCCCCCAUAUUGCCUGUGCUUAUGUCCCAAAUGGCACUCUAUGGGCCCUAGUCAAAAGUAGUGCACUUCAUAGGAUGCUGCUUGUCAGUGUGUGGUGUUUUCAUCCCAUACUGAGGAUGCUGCAUGUUCUGUAAUGGUGAAACCCCCGACCAGAACAGGACAUAUGGUUCUGUGACAUCAUCAUUACCCAGGGGUUCCUCUAGAGGAAGCCUACCUUUUUAUAUAUCCUGUGCGUUGUGUCACCUGUGGAGACUUGAUUGCUUUAGAGUGUAAAAUGUGUAUUUUAUCUGAUUUACCCCGAGUCCGUUUAGCCCGAGUCCCAGAUCUGUUUUGUGCUGUAAAGCCAACUCAUAUUGGCAUCAUGUCAUGUGUAGUUGACUAAACAGAUCUGGGACUCAGUCUACUGAUGACCUCCUGUUGAAGGCAGAAGCGCUUGAGACGGCCCUGGCCCAAAGUAGGCCCCUAUAUAAGGAAUAGAUUGGCUGCUUGGUGUCAAAGUUCAAAGAUCAGGACUCAAAGUACAGCAGAGCUCUGAAUGAGACGCCAGACUUUAAGGAAUGUAGACUUACACCUCUAGAUCAUGAUAUGUUUGUACUGGUUUUUGGAGCUCAUUUUGUAAUAAAAGAGAGAUGAUUGGAACGAU